UACUAGCCAGUUGUGGUGGUGCACACCUGUAGUCCCAGCUAUUCAGGAGGCUGAGGUGGGAGGAUCACUUGAGCUCAGGAGGUCUAGUCUUCAGUGAGCUAUCAUUAUACCACUCCACUCCAGCCUGGGCAACAAAGCCAGACCCUGCCUCCAAAAUAAAAAAAAGCAAAGUGUCUCUCUUCUGUUCCUUGAUAAAAGGUAGUAUAGGUUAAUAAGAAUUGAAAUUUCCCAAUUCAGAGUCCACUCCUGCUAUUUACUAAACACCCUAAGCCUAUGAAAUGAAGAUAAUAGUUAUGCUAUAUGGAGUAUAUAUAAAAUAUACCUAUAUAUCAUACACAUAUGGCAUUUUAUGUAUUAUACAUCUACAUAUACACAUAUAUCUGUAUAUAAUGUGUAUAUCACUAUAUACAUGAUACACCUGCAGGCUUCACACAUACCUGCAUGCGUGAGUGGACACACACACACACACACACACACACACACACACACACACACACGGUGCCAGCAACAGGAGUUUGCAUAACCAGAAAGAAACUGCCAGGAGGUGAUGCCUGCCAGCCUGUUUGGUCUCCUACAGCUGGUAGGGCAGCCCCCACUCUUCUGACCUUCAGUGGCCCAGACCCUGUUGUGUCACUCCACGUGCCCCACAAGCUCCUCGGAUGAUGGUGUACUGAGAAGGCAUCUGGAAGCCUGGGCCCUCAUGGCAUCCAACGACGAACGUAUGGCACCCUCGCUGGGCUCUCCCUCGGCCUCCCAGAUGGGGCCAUGGGAUGCCAUCCUCAAGGCUGUCAAAGACCAGCUGCCAUCUCUGGACUCCGACUCCUCCUUGUCGGACUGUGGGGAAGAGGAGCUGUUCAUCUUCCAGCGAAACCAAACUGUCCUGAUUCCAGACCUGUCAGAGGAGCUGGCUGAAGACCCUGCUGAGUCCAGGACCUGGGCUGCUACAGCUGAAGAUUCCUUUCCUGAGCCAGUUCCGGUGCCUGCGGAAUUUGCCACAGAACCUGGGAGCACGCAGAACGCAAGGACAAAGGAUGUGUCCUCUCAGGAAGGAAAAGACCCUGGCAGGCCUUUUGAAUGCUCUUGUGAGGUCAUCUCUCUUCUUGGGAUGGCCAAGCAGACACCCAGGUGGCUGGAAGGUGACCUUGGAAGCCUGUAUUUCAACAUCAGAGGAUCCCAGGGUCCUCCAUGGGACACACAGGCCGAAGCCACUCUCUCCUGCCAUGAAGGAGACCUGAAGGCAGAGCCCCCCAGCACUGCCUCACGAGAAUCUGUGAACCGCCGGGCCCUCCGACGGGAGAGAAGGAAGAUGAUAGAGAGGGACAUCCUCCAGAAAGUCACCUGGGAUGCCUGCAGCCCGGCCAGCAGUGAUCAAGGCCAGGUGAAGGAGGCGCCCUGCCCUGCUAUGGAAUCAGCUCCCAGGCCCAGAAUACCCCUCGCAGAGCCUCGGGAGGGACCACCAGUGCUCUCGUUUCAGCAACUUGAAGCGUGGGAUUUGGAUGACAUCCUUCAGAGUCUGGCGGGGCAAGAAGACAACCAGGGAAAUCGUGCACCUGGAACUGCGUGGUGGGCAGCUGACCGCUGCCAAGUUCAAGACCACACGUUGCCAAGCGCUCACGACAGGCUCAUGGAACAGCUGGCCCUCCUGUGCACCACGCAGUCUGGGGCCUCUGCUUGUGCCCAGAAGAUGCCUGCCAACACCCCCCAGGACACCGAGGCAGCAAAGGCCCGAAACAGAUGUGCUUCCAGGAAGCCAGGCUCCCAGGCCGUGCCAGGCCCACAGCUGGCCGAGCCCAUGAGGCUUAACACGGAGCCCCCCACCAUCUUCAUUGACCUGCGGCAGACGGAGCCACCAGGCCAUCUCUUCCCAGAAAGCUCCUCUGAUAGCGAGGAGGAGGAGGAAGAGGAGAUGGCAGCUAUGGGAGACACAGAGGGGGCAUCUGCUUCCUCCCUGGGGCUACGGAGCUAUACCGGGAAGAGCCAGCUUCUCCAGCAGCUCAGGGCCUUUCGGAACAGGACAGCCCAGCUUGAGCUGCCUGCCAGCAAGGGGCCUGGUGGUGGUGGGGCUCAGGUCCCUGAAGAUGCUGCUGGAUCAGGAACUUGGAGGAAGCAACACAUGAAGCUCUGCGCUGAGAGGCAGAACACCCAGGCCCAACUCCCAGGAGGCAGACCCAGAGCCCUAGGGGACACUCUAGAGUCAGAGGCAGCCAGGGAGGCCCUGGUACCUCCUCUGGACCAACUGUAGACACCCAGGUAGUGGGAUCCCAGGAGUGGGCGGGGGCGGGCUGACUUGCCAUGGACCCUGGGCCCUGCUGUCCCUUUGCUCUCCCUGCGUUUCCACUAGCAGGGGGCUUCCAGAGGCAGGGACCCUCAGACCCUGUUAGAGCUCAGCCACAGAUGUAUGCCUUUAAAGCAAGGAUGCAGACACAAAUCUGUACCUAACACACGACAACAGCUUGGGAUAAUGGGGUCUGGUCCUCUAAGAGAUGGGCAGGGAUAGCACGACGGGUGAAAUGCCAUGCCUGGCUCUUAAUGAACUUUUUGAAAGGGGGUAACAAUGAGAAUUGGCUUUCUCUUUCUCUUCUUUACCUAAGAUAGGCACACAUAGACUCUCAAGGCCUUUGACCUUUAUGAAUCUAGACAGAAUACAGGAAACCCCUGGAAACGCUGUCCUGUGUAGCGUGGAGCAGAGGCCUCGGUUGCUGAUCACCACCAAGAGCUGGGGACAGCUGCUUGCCCCUUGCCGAGACCCACUCCAAUGACAGGACAUGCCUGGUCUUCCUGGGUCCUGUUUCUUUGCCAGCACCAUCCUGCAGCCCCAUCUUCACAGGAAACUUUUGUAACUGCUGUGAUCAGCCCUGACCUGGGCACCUGCUCUCUCCCCCACCUUGUCUCCAGGAUGUGUCCUGCUGCCUGCUCUGUGGGAAGAACAGAGAAAUCACCACCUCCGGCCCCACUGCACCUCAGGCUCAGGCAGCACAGCAGGGCGCCUGGCCUUUGGUCAAGUCUCCCAGCUUCCCCUGUGGCUCACCCCCCUCUGCCAUGCCACCAAGGAUGGGCAAGGGUCUCUUUGCAUCAAGCCUUAUACCAGGCAAAAGACAGUCUGGCCAUGGCCACAGGCUGCCAAGACUGGGGCCACAGACCUCUGCUCUCCAGACCCCAUGUGAUCUAGCAACGGACCCCACACCUGACCUCACUCCCAAUGAUGAGUGUUUUCAUUACAAGCCAAAGGCAAGACAGGAUACCACAAACUCCCAGGAGGCCCCUCCUGCAGGGCACAAGGCCAGGCUGCCUGCCUCCCAGCUCCCAUGCCCUCUCCCACCUGCAGAGACCCUACAGGCAGCCAGAACCGGGCUACAACCCCGUACUCUGCCCUCACAGUCUGGCAGCCUCUGCUGUGGCUGCCUAGCUGUAAAAAGCAAAAGCUGUUCUUAUUCUUUAA